CAACCAGGAACGCCACAUCGCAGACACCUCGCCUCAGGAAUACCAUCUUCGGCUUUGGACAAAGUUAGCAGACCCUCUGGACGCCAAAGUUUUAGAUUAUAUAUGGACAUCCAUAUUCAUGCGGAGAGACUCCGUAUCUUUGAUGCUGUGGUGACCGACCGCGAGCAUGUGGCGUCGCUUAGAGCGAUGGAGAAUCACGUAGUCGCUGAAGAACAGACACAGAGCAUCGUGAAUGACGCCAAACGGAGAAUGCAGGAGCAAACGAAGAGUACCAGUCCUAAGAAGCGUGCCACGAAGCCAACCAAACCACCAACUUCCGCGCUGUCGUCCUUCUCGUCAGCACCACAGCCCAUGACCGGUAAUAUGCAGGUUACAGCAGCAGCGGCAGAAGCACGGAAGCCCAUUUUGUUAAUCUCUAGCAAAGAUUUACACUCUCUGGAAGGAACCAAACAUGCACAGGAGGAAGUAGUAAACCGAUGGAGACAGGAAAACAGGGUGUUAGAGCGAUUCCCUGCUCACAGCCAAGACAUUGACAACCUGACAACAGGAAACUUUGUGGCGGCACCCUCAGCAGCAUCAUCAUCAUCGUCGUUAAGAGCGACUCCUGGAGGUGCAGCAUUAGUCCCAGAGUCGCCAUUCGAAGCCGAACCAGGCGAGAUAAUGAAUGUGUAACAUUUGACUUUGCUUGGUGAUCGGGUCAACUGCCGCGGUCGCGCUAGACAAGCCACGUUGCGAUUUGUACUGCAUCGUGAACUGAUCUGUGCACCUUCCGCUAGCCGCGAAAUGAAGACGUCAACGUUGUGACCUUGGCCGCAAUUGGAAAAGUGUUCGAGGCUCAAGAUUUCGACUUUACUGGGUCGAUUGGUGCCAUUAAUCUUGGAGCUGAAUUCAAUGGCUAUUUCAGAAAGAGCAGCGGGCAGAAAUACGACAAGAGAUUUUUCCCAGACUUUCUGCGGUGAACGGUAUCCUAUCCUUACGGGAUCUAACACAG